AUGGCACUUUCUACUUUCCCACGUUCAGAAUCUUCCCACUUUUUCAUUUUCUCCUUUUUCAGCAGAGCAGCUAUGGAUAUCAUCAUUGGGCAAAACAACAAGGCUGUUGCUUUCUUGAGAAACCAAGAGGUCUCGAAGGCCUCCGAAGCCUUGUCAGCAGCGCUAAAGUGCCUCCGAUCACUCCAGUGUGUAGCACCACACAGUAUGGAUUGUUGUGAUGAGCGGUAUGCUCAUUCUGACUAUUUGGAUCGAAGCAUGCUUCUCUCGAAGGUUGAUGAGUCGAACACCGAGGCAAACAAUGAGGAAUUCAUCUACAGGCAUGGCAUUAUUCUCCACAGUGAGGUCGCCGAUGCUGAUAUUAUCACAACCAUUCUUCUCUUCAAUACCGCGAUUGCUUACCAUAUGCUUGCAAUCGAACAGCGGCGACAUCAAGUCCUGCAGAAAGCAAGACGAUUGUACGAGCUGGCUUACAACGCAUGUGGUGAUUUGGAUGAUAACAUUUUGUUUCAGUUUGUUGUGAUCAACAACAUUUUCAUCAUCGAUCGAAAGCUGGGAAACAAGAAGGCGAUGCCAAAUGACUGCUUGGCACACUUGCUCUCAUUGUUCAUGAUUUUGGUGGAUCAAGGGCAUGAGAUGCAUUUGCGCCAUGUACAAGGCUUCCUGGUGAAUCUUCCAUCCACUGCUGACGCCGCAGUUGCAGCAUAG